CCUUGUUUUUGUUACCGCUGCACGCAGAAUAUGAGCUCCAAGAGUUACUAUACCUGGAAAUAUCCAGACAUUCCUGAAAAUGUUGAGUCUAUGCUAGCAGAGCUGAACAACUCGCUGGUGGUUGUCGGCGUUAUUGGACGCUCGAGAGGACCGCAGGCGAACAAAAUGAGCGCCUUCGACAUGAGGCCGAAUAAGUUGCAUGAGCCGGCAGAUGGACAGAUACUGUGCUACUAUAAGCCAGGUACCAAUACGCUGAUGCUGCACUUUGAGACCACCUACGAUGAGGCGGUGCUGAGCCAGCAGCUGCUGAGUCAAACCUCCAUUGACUUCGACAACUUUUACUAUCGAAUGCGUAGUCGAUUUGUGCGCAAUAUGCUGCUGGCGUUGCACGUGUGUCACAUUGUGGUCUAUGUGGAGACCGCAGAGAUAUUCGACACCACGCUGGUGACCAUCUGCCAGCUGCUAAAAUAUGUACGCGAGCAGCAUGUGCUGGAAUUCCUGCCCCAAAUGCUGCACGAAACAAGCGUAGGCCUAAUGCUCGGCGACCGAGCUCGCCCUUGCACGCCGCGUGUGCUCUUUCUGUUUGAAAACUACCCGCGGGAUGAGGAGAAGACACGUGAUCAUAUAUCCAGCUAUGAGUUUAAAACGGAGGACCAGAUCUUCCACCUGCUGCGCCAGUACAACAUUUUGACCAAUAACGUGAACACCUCCCUGGUGGCGCUGCCCAACAACAAGCAGUUUGUGUUCUACAAUGCUCACGAGGAGCUACAUCCGGACCAACUGUCGCACGCCAUUGAGGCGCUCAACACGACCAUGAACAAGCCAGAUGCCAAAGAAGAGGAUGAAGAUUUGGAUAUUAUAUCACUUGCGCCAUUCGAGGGUUUUGUGAAGCCCUUUGGAGCGGAUUAUAAAACGCGCGACUCCAAGGAGCUUGACUACAAGAAAAACCAUACCGCUUGGCAUUUCCUGCAGCGUCAUGUGCAAGAUGCUCUGCAGGGUUACUUUGACGAGGGCUCCUUCAAGCUGUUGACGCAAACGCCACAAUACCAGCUGCUGAGCGCCAGGGAUUGGCACACCUGCAUGGCUCAAAUAUACAGGCUACUGAUUCAAAAUGUGCACGAUGCCAACUACGUAACAGACAACACCAACUAUCAAGCCUAUCUGCGGGAACUUAAUGAGAGUCUUAACUAUGAGAAAAAGUUCUGGUGCCAUCUGUGCGAGCUGGGCUUAAAGAAGGGCGUGUCCGCCUAUAGGAACGCAGCACCCGCCAUUUACGGCAGCGCCACCCACAAACAGCUGCUGGCGGAUGCCACGCUGGCCUUCGAGGAGGAAGGACGCGGUCCGUAUGUGGAGAUGGCGCUGGCCAAGCUCAGCGAUGUCUGCCUGAAAUACUGGCACGAUGGCCGGCAGCAGUGCGAACAGCUCAGCCUGCGCGGCCAUCCCUGCACGCUGCCCAAGGAUCUGGCGCACGACAAACAUAGCAGCGGCAUUGUGCACAUCUCCAGCUGCAAUUGCGGACGCACGCAAGGCAGGCGCGAGGAUCCGUUCACACUGCGGCAGGCCAACUAUGACUACUACGAGCAACUGGCGGUCAUGUGCAACUUGUGCGUCAAGGUCAAAAAGUUUCAGUUUCCCCUGUUUACGCCUUCAAUUAGCGAUUAUCGAGCGGCGGCAUUUGAGGCCGCCUUUCCGCUGCUGUUGGCGAGUAAAAACCGAAUGGAACCUGCCGUUCAGGGCGGCAGCGAUCUGGACGCCGAGGCAGCUGACGAGCUCUACUCGCAGCCAAUCAAAGCGGCCGAGCCAGCGCCACAGAAGCAACUGCAGACCUUGGGCGACUGCUGCUCGCAGCCUCUUUCGGCAACCUACGGCUCCGACCUGAACAUGUCGAUAGCGGGCUUCGGCGAUUCGCUCAACGAGGGCGAGGACGCGCACUCUCCCGAGAUCAGCUCUCAAGUAUGCAGCAGCGGGCAGAGCAGUCGCAGCCGUAGCAACAGCUCCAGCAGCGACACGUCGAGCGCCAAUACGGAGAAUGAGUUAGUGCUGCAGCUGAAAGAGCGCAGCGACCAGAAGACUGCCACCGAAGCACUCAGCGAGAGUUGUCCCGAAUCGCAGUCGGUUGCUUCGAUGCCAGAGCUAGUCUCUACCACGGAAUACCUGCCCGGGCUGGUGCACAUGUGCAGUGCGUGUGAGCUGCUGCCGCUGUUCCCCAGUUGGUCGCUGGCUUGUGUGGGUCCCAGCUCCAUUUAUAGCCACAACACCGGGCUGCAGGAGCACUUCCAGAGCGGCUUCCUCUCUGGCGCCAAUUUCUUGCUGCCCUGGGAUGUGCAUGUGCGACUGCUGCAGCCGCAUCACAAGCAUCCGCCGCUACAACAGAUGGGCAAGAAGAAUCAGCGCUACCGCAAGCAGGGCGAUCGCCUGGCCCUCAAGAUCUUCGUGGGCUUCGAGUACGAGUGCUCGCGUGGCCAUCGCUUCAUGAUGUGCAGUCCAGAUCGUGUGCUGCGCGGCGGUGCGGACAUCGAACGCGACACCUGCAGCAAGCUGGUCAACAACAAUAUGCCAUUGUACUUCCCCUGCCCGUGUCGCGGCCAGGUCAGCUUUCUGGCGCAGCUGAUGCGCAUUCAUGUGGUCACCCCGAAGGCGCCCGUUAACAUCAUAGUCGAUCCCAAGGUGCGUGUGGGCAAGUACACCUUCACCCUGGGCUGCACCGUGCUGCCGCGUCUCUCGCAGAGCGCCUACUGGAUACUGCGCUUCCCCUAUGUCUAUCAGGGCGAUAAUGUGCUAAUAGCGCCGCCGGCCAAAUUCGAGCCGGAUGAUCCCUUUGCCAGCGGCUGUCUUUUGCCCGGCAUGUUUGGCAUUGCCGAAACCGACACCACAGAUGCGAUUCAGUCAGCCGGCGCACCGCUCAAUUUUACAAGGCUUUAAAGCAUUUGCUUAUCAAUUACAUUGAUUCGUUAACAGAAUGUAAACAAUGUUAUAUAAAAAAUGUUAACUGGGCUGAGCUAGUUAUGAAAACCUGGCGUAGAAUGUUAUGAUGA